AUUCAUUCUUGCGUAAACGCUUGGACAGCUUCAGAUUUGUCGUGCGAGCAAGCAGUUACUUGUGAUCAUCGAACGAAGGCCUCUUUUCAAUAUUUCUAAACUGAAUGCGAAAUUGGUGAAUUAUGUGAAUCAGCUAUCCAGGAUAAGCAAACUUCGCCGAAAUAUACUUUUCAUGAAGUGCUAUUUUCUGUGCUGCAGGACUGCUCGAAAGGAGAGGAUUUUGCAACAUCUAAGUCAUCAUCAACAUUUUGUUGAAAAUUCGGAUAUGUACAGUUUCCUGGAUUUGAUAGAUUUGUAUCAAGGACGAUUGCUGCCGGAAAUCGAAGAAAUUGUCAGGAUUUUCACCGAACAUAUAACAAAAAAUUGCUUAACAUGUCAGGGGAAAGGAUUUAUUUGCGAAUUAUGUGAUGAUACAAAGGUAAUUUAUCCAUUUUCCGAUGAUGUUGCUAUAUGUCGCAAAUGCUUGGCUACUUUUCACCAGGACUGUUUCAGCCGGAAAAGUAAGCGUUGCCCAAGGUUAGUAGCUCGUAUUUUUCUGUAAAU